GGAGCUUAUCCUUCAAAACGAACCGGAGCUCUUCUAGGUCCCAUUACGUCGCACGGUGGUCGGGAUAGAAUGAUGCGGCACGCGCUCUUCACAACCUUGCUCGCACUUCUCGGAGCAAUCACCGUCGACAGAAGUUAUGCUCAAGUAGGAUACUACGGCGGGUCUACAUUCAAAACCGGAACCAAGGGCGGAGGAUACGACUCGUAUUAUCCAUAUGUUUAUUCUCUGCCAUUCGUCGCAAAGGGAACGCUAACUAUCUCACGCAACCCUGGCUGGUAUGGAGGGUCGAGCACCUACUGGCAGCAGCAACAGCAGGUCCCGCUUCCGCCCUUCUAUGGCGGCAGCAGCGACAGCAUGGCCGCAGGCCUCGGCGGAAGCAGCUACGGAGGCAGCCUAAGUGGUUGAUAAAUUCGAAGCUCUGAAGCAACUUUUGCAGAAGGAUUUCACACUCUGCAUUUCUAAGCCACUUUGCGAUUACUCCUCUCUUUUGCAUUUUACUUCUCCGUGGCGAUGCAUAAUAUAUGUUGACUAAUUUGGACAGCUAACAAGUGUACCCGGCUGCCAAAUUAGUUUUCAUGAUAGUCUGCUUUCUUCUCGCUAUUCCACUGUCCGUCUCUUGAAACGUAAUAAACUCAUUUCUCAACGUCCCAAGA